AUGAAUGAAGCUCGCAAGGCAUCGUUGUAUAAGGAUUUCCGGUAUUUAAAAGAUUUGAACCCGGAAGGGUACGAAGCCAACGUAGAGGCAUGGGUUGUGUAUAUAUUCAAGAAAGUGAUGGGGGAAGUGAUAGUGAGGUUUGAGUUGGAAGAGUAUCGAGAUGACAAGUAUGGUAUACCCAAGAGUAUUGAUAUGAGUAUUGAUCGGAUGGUGGAGGAAGGGAGAUUGGUACCCAAGAGACAAUUUGCCAAAGAGCGGGUUGAGAGUGGGAGUGGGAGUGGGAGUGGCAGUGGCAGUGGGAGUGGCAGUGACAGUGAGAGCGAUAGCACAUUGGUACAAUGGUUCAAGACAUUGAGUUUACGGAGAGAUGUGGCAAAUGAGACGAAAUUUCAUAGUCGAGAUAAUGAAACUCCGAACGAUUAUUUGAAAAAGAUCGAAUAUGUCAAUGUAGGGUAUUUAAGAGAGAAAUACGAAGGUGAGAUGGUGAAACAACUGGAUGGUAUGAUGAGCAAGAGGGUAUGUCGUGAGGAUCUGGUAUUUGGGCGAGAUGAGUUUUGUCACGAAACAGGGAUGGUAGCCAAGGGGCGUGAAUAUUGUUGGGCGAUGGAGGUUUAUAUGUCACAGUAUAAGCACAAGAUCACAGUGGAUGGAGAGGUAAUUUUCAUCGGAGGAGAAGAAGAGUUGAGCGAGGUGGAUAAGGCGGUUGGAGCCAUCAAGAAUGCUAUAUACAAGCUGGAACGUCGAGGCAUGGAGGAUGGGCGGCUACGCAAUUUGCGGGUGUUGAAGGAAAAGCUCAUCGCUGGGAUGGACAACAGGCGGGUGUUUGAGUUGUUGAGGCAAGCGAGGGGGGCAUUGAAGAGCGUGGGGGGCUGGGACGGGAGGGACUGGAACGGGAGGUCCUGGAACAGGAGGGACUGGAACGGGAGGUCCUGGAUCAAGACGUAG